AUGGGGAGUCUCAGGCGGCGCGACAGCGGCGGCUCCAGGCUUAGGGUGGUGGCCAGGAGCCAGCUCCGUCUCCGCGCCCAGCCUGGGGAGCGAGAGACGGUUCCCGACUACGGGCCCAAGCACGCCGCACAGCUGCUCUCGGCCGGGCCCCCCACCCGCGCCAGGGCCGCGUUUCUGCUGUCACCCCGGCCACCUGUCAGCAUCCGGGAAGAGGGCGAGCGGUUCUCCCGUUUCCAUCAUCUCCGGGCUCCCGGUCUCUGCAGAAAAGCUGUGCCGAUGAGCACGAAUGGACUUUCUGGCCGAGACCAGCCUGUGGAACUGCUAAACCCUGCCCGCGUGAACCACAUGCCCAGCACGGUGGAUGUGGCCUCCGCGCUGCCUUUGCAGGUCAGCCCCGGCCGGUGUAUGGACCUCCGCCUGGACCACUGUCAGCUGCCGACAGGCAGACCCACCCUCCGGGAGCAGCAGCUGCAGCAGGAACUGCUGGCCCUCAAGCAGAAGCAGCAGCUCCAGAGGCAGAUCCUCUUGAGUCAGAGGCAGCGCGAGCAGCUCUCCCGGCAACCUGAGGCCCAGCUGCAUGAGCACAUCAAACUUUCGGUCCCCGGGGCUGUGAACAGCCAGCCCCCGAGAACCCCGCGAGGCGCAGGCGCUGCCCGCAUGCAGGCUGCCCACACGGGCCCCGGGGAAGCGGCCCAGGAGCAGAAAGCCGCCUUCCCUCGGGCGCGAGGUGCCGUGGCCAGCACAGAAGUGAAGAUGAAGCUUCAGGAGUUUGUCCUCAAUAAAAAGAAGGCGCUGGCCCACCGGAACCUGAACCACUGCAUCUCCAGCGACCCGCGCUACUGGUACGGGAAAACACAGCACAGCUCCCUCGACCAGAGCUCCCCGCCCCAGAGCGGGGUGUCGGCCUCCUACAACCACCCGGUCCUGGGAAUGUACGACACCAAAGACGAUUUCCCGCUCAGAAAAACAGCCUCUGAACCCAAUUUGAAAUUGCGGUCCAGGCUAAAGCAGAAGGUGGCCGAAAGACGGAGCAGCCCGCUGCUACGCAGAAAAGACGGGCCCGUGGUUACCGCUCUAAAGAAGCGUCCAUUGGAUGUCACAGACUCGGCCUGCAGCAGCGCCCCGGGCUCCGCGCCCAGCUCGCCCAACAACAGCUCCGGGAAUGUCAGCACCGAGAACGGGAUCGCGCCAGCCGUCGCGAGCAUCCCCGCCGAGACCAGCUUGGCCCACAGGCUCGUGACUCGAGAAGGUUCCGUGGCCCCGCUCCCCCUCUACACGUCACCGUCCUUGCCCAACAUCACGCUGGGACUGCCCGCCACUGGCCCUUCCGCUGGGACGGCAGGUCCGCAGGAGGCCGACAGGCUCGCUCUCCCCGCCCUCCAGCAGCGGAUCUCCCUCUUUCCCGGCACGCACCUCACCCCCUACCUGAGCACGGCGCCCUUGGAGCGGGACGGUGGGGCUUCACACAACCCGCUGCUACAGCACAUGGUCUUACUGGAGCAGCCGCCUACGCAGACGCCCCUCGUCACAGGCCUGGGCGCGCUGCCCCUGCACGCGCAGGCGCUGGUGGGAGCGGACCGCGUGUCCCCGUCCGUGCACAAGCUGCGGCAGCACCGCCCGCUGGGGCGCACGCAGUCGGCCCCGCUGCCCCAGAACGCGCCGGCCCUGCAGCACCUGGUCAUCCAGCAGCAGCACCAGCAGUUUCUGGAGAAGCACAAGCAGCAGUUCCAGCAGCAGCUGCACAUGAGCAAGAUUAUCCCCAAACAGAGCGAGCCGGCCCGGCAGCCCGAGAGCCAUCCCGAGGAGACGGAGGAGGAGCUUCGUGAGCACCAGGCCCUCCUGGAGGAGCCCUACCUGGACCGGCUCUCUGGGCAGAAGGAGGCACACGCUCUGGCCGGCGUCCAAGUGAAGCAGGAGCCCAUCGAGAGUGAUGACGAGGAGGCGGAGCCCCCGCGGGAGGUAGAGCCGGGCCAGCGCCAGCCCACCGAGCAGGAGCUGCUCUUCAGACAGCAAGCCCUCCUACUGGAACAGCAGCGUAUCCACCAGCUGAGGAACUACCAGGCGUCCAUGGAAGCGGCCGGCAUCCCCGUGUCCUUCGGCGGCCACCGGCCUCUGUCCCGGGCGCAGUCGUCCCCGGCGUCUGCCACCUUCCCCAUGUCCGUGCAGGAGCCCCCCACCAAACCGAGGUUCACCACAGGUACCGUGCACGGGGGCGUGUGGGUUGGGGCGGCCGACCGGCACCUGCGGCCCAUCUCCCCUUUGCUGGAGAACCCGCUUCCUCCAGAGACCGCCCACCCACAGGCCACCGUGGCCGGCAGGCCGGGUAGCUUCCCAUCCAUGGUCAGCAGAGACCGCGACCUCGUGCUUUCUCACCCGCCCUUCUAUGAACCGAAGCUUCAGUGCAUCCGCGGACGGAAGGCCACCCUGGAGGAGCUGCAGACGGUGCAUUCGGAGGCGCACGCCCUGCUCUAUGGCACGAACCCCCUCAACAGGCAGAAACUGGACAGUAAGAAACUUCUAGGUAUUUCAAGGCCUUCUUUACCUUUACCAUGCGGCGUAUGCGGGGUGGACAGCGACACCAUAUGGAACGAGGUGCACUCGUCGGGCGCGGCCCGCCUGGCCGUGGGCUGCGUGGUGGAGCUGGUCUUCAAGGUGGCCACGGGGGAGCUGAAGAACGGCUUUGCCGUGGUCCGCCCCCCAGGACACCACGCGGAGGAGAGCACGCCCAUGGGGUUCUGCUACUUUAAUUCCGUAGCCAUCGCAGCCAAGCUUCUCCAGCAACGGCUGGACGUGAGCAAGACCCUCAUCGUGGACUGGGUGGGCACAGGCCCAGGUGUGGGCUUCAACGUCAACAUGGCUUUCACUGGCGGCCUCGAUCCCCCCAUGGGAGACGCGGAGUAUUUGGCGGCCUUCAGAACCGUGGUCAUGCCCAUCGCCAGCGAGUUUGCCCCAGACGUGGUGCUCGUGUCUUCAGGCUUCGACGCCGUGGAGGGCCACCCCACGCCGCUCGGCGGCUACAACCUCUCCGCCAGAUGUUUCGGGUACCUGACGAAGCAGCUGAUGGGCCUGGCUGGCGGCCGGAUUGUUCUGGCCCUGGAGGGGGGCCACGACCUCACGGCCAUCUGCGACGCCUCGGAAGCAUGUGUUUCUGCUUUGCUGGGCAACGAGCGGGAGAUCGAAGUUUCUGACAAUACUGGAGUCGGGCAGGACAGACAGGGCUGCGCGGCUGUGAAAACCCGAACCCGGCGCGUGGAGCCCGGGCUCCGCCCCUCACCGCCGUCCACACAGGACCUGGCCAAGCAGGCUGCCCGCGGGGACGCUGCUGUUGUCGCGGGUCGGCGGUUCCCGCGAAGUCCCCGCGCGGGGCCUCGGCGGCACUCGGCCUUCUGA